GAACUCAACAGACUGUAUUGCCAGAGAGAGAAAGGUGUAAUAUUCUUGAGAGAGAGAGAGAGAGAGAGAGAGAGAGGGCCGAAAAAUGGCGCUUUACAUCGAUGAAGAGGAGGUGUGGAAAUGUCUGAAACACCCUUCGAAGCGCCGCCGUACAGGAAUCUGCCACGUGUGCCUCCGGGAGAGACUCUCUUCCCUCUGCCCGGACUGCGCCAACGUACGGCCGUGUGCUUGCUACGCAGUGACAACGUCCUCCUCGACUUCGUCUUCUUUCUCUCGAUUCUCCACCGCUUCCGCUGCCGAAUCAAUCGCCUUAGGAAUCGGAACUGUCGGCCGCGUGUCCAAUCUGAUCGAGAGCGAGCCUUCCUUCCGCCGGUCGAGGUCACUAGCAAUUCCAUUUCUCCGGUCAAAGCCACCGAUUGACUCUGAUAGCUCUAUCCGCAAAGAAAGCCCAAAGACGACAUCUCCGUUUUGGUCACUGUUCAAAACUAGCAGUAGUAGCGGUAACAGGAGUAAGAGAGGCGAUGUGGAGAGAAACUUUGCUAUUUUACAACAGGAAGAUGGGAAAAAGAAGAAGGAAGAAGAUGAGAGGAGGAUGAUGAUGCGGAAAUCGAGGUCUAUGGCGGUUGGUGUGACGUCAGCUUCCGGUGUUGCUGACGUAAAAUCAUCCAAAGCGAAGGGCUGGUAUUUUCCGAGUCCGAUCAAGGCGUUCAGGCAAUCGAUUUCAAGGGGAAUAAUGGUGCAACAAAGGUCACCUUUGUAUAGAAAUUAAUUUUUGUAUAUAUUACAAGAAAAAAAAUAUAAUUAACCGAUAAACAAACUAAUUAUUAUAUUUA